AUGCGCCAAUACGGUGUGACAACCGGCCUUGAUGUGGGUACCUACCCAUACACUUCUUUGACUGCCUGCAAAGCCUUCGGUCUCACCGAUAUCAGAGGCUCCGGAGCUGCAGAGACUGUCAAAGGAACAAACAUCAGCAAAUACCCUGGCUUUCCAUCGGAUUUCUUCAUCCUAACCCCGGCUGCCGGAAGACAAUUUGUUGCAAACAGGCUUGCAGCGGUUGCUGACUAUAUUAAGGUUUUUUUUGAUCCCUUGGGCCCCGACGAGGAAAAUCUCGUCGCUAUUGUCCAAGCUGCUCAUGAGGUGGGAAAAAUAAGUCAUUACGCAUGCUGCAAGCUAUGCAAGCUUCAGCGAAGCAGAAAAAGCAAAAGCUGA